UUUUAUUACACUGUUGGCAAUGACAAUCGUCGUGAGAACUCGUGUUCUGGAAUCCACAAAUAGACAAAACAUUGUCUUUUUCUUUCCCAAAUUCCACGCAAAAAGAAAAAGAAAAAGAGAGGGAAAGGAAGACGACACAGAAAAAUCAACAAAACGGUUUGGUAUGCUUACCUUUCUGUCUGUCUUUUCUCCAAAAAUCUGUGAAAUGCAAGGCAAGGACCGGCUUACGGCAUUUGCACUUGAUGAGCAAGGACAGGGCGCAAAUCCAAUCUCAACCACCAUACUGAUGAUGAUGACGGUAAUGAAGAUAAUGGCGAUGAGGAUGAUAAUGAUGACGUUCUCGUUGCUGUCGAUAAUGAUGGUGAUGAUGCCAAUGUUUGUUGAUGUUCGUGCUGUCGACAAUGACGAUGAUGAUGGGAUCCUGCUGCAGUUAUGGGAAGAUGGCACGGAGGAUGGCGGUGGUGGUGGCGAUGAGGAGGAGGAGGAGGAGCAAAAGGCGGCGGACUACCAUAAUGACAAGGAGGGUAAUGUACUCUCCUGCUGCUUCUCGGAACUGCCACGUAUGCACAUAAUCUUCAAUGCACCACACAAAAUCAGCACAAUGCUACCAAUAUGUCAGAUACCAAGGUCCCAACAGAACAACUGAUGCCGGUUGCCUUCGCUAAUUGAGACGCUCAAUCACUGCUCUAGACCUCGACCAGAAUUUUUGACCUCAUUUCCAGGACGUAGACCUGUCCUUGUGAUCCUUAAGAAGAAUGAAAAAGAGUUUUUGCG